UGGCGAAACAAGAUACAACAAAGACAAGAUACUGCAAGGUCAAGGAGUGGAUGAGCCGCUCUCUGCAACUGGUUUCAGACAAGCAGAUGCUGCUGGUUUAUUUCUUAGUAAUGUGAAGUUUACUCAUGCCUUUUCAAGCGACCUCCUUCGAGCAAAGCAGACUGCUGCCACAAUUCUAGGCAAAAACAAGUUUUGCAAAGAUUUGGAAAUCAAGUAUGAUGCAAGACUUCGAGAGAGAAAAUACGGUGUUGCAGAAGGAAGGCCUUUGACUGACCUCAAGGCUAUGGCAAAGGCCGCUGGAGAGCAGUGUCCUUCAUUCACACCUUCUGGAGGAGAAACACUGGAUGAG